ACUUUGUUUUUAUACCUCUCAGGUUGCGUUUUUUUUGAUGUCUCAUGAUGAUAUUCGUAUAUACUGAUGUGGUACCAGAAGUAGUCAUUGUCUCAAAUUUACUUGAAGUUUUAGGAAGUUCAAAGAUAAAUUCAAUGAUAUUCCUCGUAAUGUUCACAAAUGAUGAAACCUUCAGUGCAUGGGAUUUGCAAUUUUGCAGAUGAAAUUUACACUUUCAAUAGCUUUUGGUGAUGUUACUUGGAUCUAUUUUCAUUACUUUUUUUGUGGUUGAUGCAUUAAGUUAGUUUAUGGAAACUAAUCUUCAUAACUCGUUACAGAAGCCUAAUUUAGAUGCAUUUGUUCGCUCCCUAUCCAGAUUUUGUUCUUACAGACAGAAUCUGGUACAGGCAACGACAUCUUAUUAUAUUGUGUUGGCGUUAUCACUUUUUAGGGCUUAGUUUAUAUUUCUUGUUGAUUAAUGUAGUGUCAGGGAGCUUUGAGCAUCUUUUGUAUGCGCUUAACUUUGUGUUGUUGGUCAUUCUGUUUGUUACUCCAUAUAUGUAUCAGGGUUGUUAUAGAUAGAGGUAAAGGGUUGGCAGCUCUUGUUGGCUGAUAAUUUGUUUAAUUUGUGAAUGGUCCUCCCAUGCAUCAUUCGCUCCACUGUGAUCCCUGAGUCAGUGUCAUUUGCCACAAGAACUUCGAGGAGAUUUCUCAACUGUGAGCAAACUGUUUCUCCAUUGUUAGAUCUUUUAAACCCCGUUUACUCUGUUGAUGAUGUAAGACAUUAGCCUUAAUCAUGAUUUACAAGAAGUUAGAUAUAUGGAUGUGUGUUGCCUGCAGAGAAAUUAUUUUUUAUUUCAGCUUAUACCAAAUAAAAUCCUUCUUUUUAUAUUAACCUAGAUGGUGUUAUUAGGCAGAUAGUUCAGAUGAUAUUGCCAUCCGCAUUUGGUAGCUUCCCAUUUUCGUCAUUUUCGUCAUUUUUUUUUUUGGAUUAUGGUCUUGAAGCAUCUUUUUCAUAGUUAUCCCAGUCUUUUAUGUCGGUGGUGGUAUUAUGCUAGUAGUCAUACCAUCUAAGAAGGCCUUUUGAUAUUGUUUUUGCAUCGUCUUCAUUAUAUAUAAUCUUACAAGUUAAUCUCUAAAAAAUGUUUGGCGAUUGGUUCCGAUGGGGGAAAGGUGCUAGCUGACAGCUUGCAUAGUGGUCUUUACUUUCACUCUCUGACAUCCAUCAAAAUGUUGCUGGUUGAUAGCUUAUUCUUCCUCCCCCCCCCACCCAGCUAGAGGUCAGAUUGUUGGAUGUAGUGAUUCUUUGACAAGUGCAGAAUAAUCCCUUUUCCUUCGGGUAUUGUUUCUAUGGCUAGUUGGUGAUCACAUACUGCUGACAGUUGCAGAUCUUUAAGGAUUCUACAGGACCUUACCAUCUGUCUUUUCCCACUUUUUCGUAAUUUAUGAACGUCCACUAUUUAGUAUUUCUGUCAUUGCAGGAAAACGCCCAAUUUACACUAUUCAGCGGCGGAAAUAUAUGUCUAUUCCGGAUUUUACUAAAAUAAGAAGCUUCAUCCUUAUGGUGCACACAAGUUCAUCCUUAUGGUGCACUUAAGAAGUUAAGAAGUAUGUGGAAUUGAUUCUGGAAGAGUAAAUCUUAUGUUGGAGGGUUGCAGAAUGUUCCAGAGCGUCAAGUCUGUUGACACUGGGAGUUCAAAAGACUUGAUGCUCCAUCUUAAACCAUACUUCGGAUUCCAUCAUAAACACUUACUCAAACAGUUUCCCCUAAGGCCCCAGCCUAAGUAAUUCCUAGAAGAGACAAGUUCAAUGCUGCCAUGACAAGGACAGAAAAUCUCUUCUGAGCUUUAAAACGUUUCUCUCAGACCCUUCAGGCCGUUUAUCGUCUUGGCAAGGAAAAAACUGCUGUAAUUGGAAGGGAAUUCAUUGCUCUAAUGACGCUUUACAAGUCAUAAAGGUGGACCUGCGGAACCCAAAACCGGAGAAGUUUAUGCGUAAUCUUUAUUCGGAUGUCAUUUCAACUACGUCUGAGCCAUCUGAUGCACUUAAUGGUACAAUUUCUCCUGCCCUCUUUAAUCUUUUUCAUCUCAAACAUCUUGACUUAAGCUACAACAAUUUCCACUACUCCAAAAUCCACAAUCGGUUUUCCAAGUUCAAAAGUCUUAUUUACCUUAAUCUGUCAAAUUCCAUGUUUUCAAGUCCUAUUAAGAAUCAGUUUGCAAAUCUAUCUACUUUGCAGUACCUCGAUGUCUCGUGCUCAUCAGUGAUAUUUGAUUUCUCAUCAUUCUCUUAUAGUAUUUCAACAUUAGAAGGAUCCUAUAAUUACACUAGUUCGUAUUUGCCUACUAGUUAUGUUUCUUCAACUGAUCUAAGUUGGUUAAGAGGGUUGAUCAAUCUCAAGGUUCUAAACUUAGCUGGUGUUGAUUUAUCGGUGGCUUCUUCAGCGCGUAGCACAAGCUGGGCUGAACCUAUAUCGGUGCUUGCCAACCUUAGGGAGCUAUCACUCUCUGAUUGUAGCAUUUCUGGUCCAUUUCCACUUCAUGAAUCUCACAAUCUCUCACGUCUAUUGCAUCUCCGAAUGGAUUCUAAUCCUUUGAGCUCACCAAUUCCAAUUCAGCUUGCUAAUUUCACAUCUCUUACAAUCCUUGACUUGAACAAUUGUCAGCUGCAAGAUUCAAUGCCAUAUCUUCCACAACUUCAGUACUUGGAUGUCAGUGUUAACAAAGAUCUCAUGGUUGAUCUCGUUCAUAUGUUCGAUCAUGCAUGGCCUAAACUACAACUGCUUUCAAUUACUUUGACUAAUGUUGUUGGGCAGAUUCCGAGUUUUGUUUCAAAUGCAUCAUCACUGGUCUAUCUUCUUGCAUCACAUUGUUCAAUUCGAGGAUCGUUACCAGAUUCAAUUUCAAAACUUGUGCAGUUACAAUAUCUAGACCUCAGCUUCAACUACUUGAGUGGUUCCAUUCCUUAUUCAAUCUCCAAUCUAAGAAAUCUUCAAGCGUUAAAUUUGUUUCAAAAUGGUUUAGAUGGUCCCAUCCCAAAUUCAGUAUGUGAGAUUUCCUCUCUCGCAGUUCUUCUUCUAAGAGACAACAAUUUGAGCGGAUCAGUACCAAGUUGCAUUAUCAAUCUCCGAAAACUGCAGGUGAUUGAUGUUACAGGCAACAAUUUGAACGGAACUAUCUCAUUUCCAUCUAUGUUCUUAGAGUUGAACCCUGUAAUGAUAUCUUUAAGCAGCAACUUUCUAGACGUAAAGAUAGAUGUCAAUUACUCGCUUACAUCUGAAUUUGAACAACUGAAAACCUUAGGCCUGCAAGAUUGCAAUUUGAAAGGGUAUAUCCCAACCUUUAUUUGUAACAUGACUCGACUUGCUCUGUUGGAUUUGUCAUUUAACAACCUCAUAGGCUCUAUUCCUUCUUGUAUCUUCAAACUCCCACAUUUGUCUUACUUAGAUCUCUCAAACAACAAGCUAGAAGGAACACUACCGCCUUCGAUAUAUCUUACUCAAGAAUCCCCAAUCUCAGUACUACAAUUACAAAGAAACAAACUCCGGGGACCUCUUCCUCUUCCGCCGAAAAGUGUCGGGCUUUUUGAUUUGUCAGAUAAUGAAUUCUCUGGUGAAAUCUCGGAGGAAGUAGGUGAAAGACUGUCGAAGGCUGCUCAUGUGUCGCUAUCUGGUAAUAAUCUUAGUGGCUCCAUUCAUUCUGCUAUUUGUUCGCCAGGAAGUGGUCUAAAAGUUCUAGAGAUCUCCAAGAACAAACUAUCUGGAACGAUACCCUCCACUCUAAAAUAUUGUAGUUCUCUUAUUUCUCUAAAUUUUGGUGCUAACAAUCUCACAGGAAACAUUCCCAAUGAGCUUGAAAGAGCGAAAAAUCUGAAGUUUCUUCAACUUUACGAGAACAAUCUAAAUGGUACAUUUCCUACCUUCAUACGACAAUUGCAGUUUUUGGAAGUUCUCAGCAUGUGGAGUAACAAUCUUGAAGGUGGUAUUCCGCAUUUCCUUGGUUCAUUAAGUAAUCUCAGGAUUAUUUCCUUAAGCUCAAAUAUGUUAAAUGGAUCAAUCCCGGAAGAAAUUACAGAUUUGCAUAAACUGCAAUUUUUAGACUUGUCAAAUAAUAAACUGUCUGGUUCAGUUCCUGAGAAGAUUGGAAACUUGGAGAUCCUAAAAAGUAUGUCAAAUACCAGUCUCGUGGUUGGUGACGUAAUCUCACUGGUAUAUUCUGGCGUGGUACUACAAAUACAGUGGAAAAAGGCGACAGAACAACUUGGGACGGUACACACUUACAAUACUGGCAUUGAUCUUUCAAGAAACUUUCUAGAAGGAAACAUCCCCAGAGAUAUUUGUCUACUUAAAGGUCUGAAGAUGCUUAAUCUGUCACAUAACCACCUUCAUGGUGAGAUACCAAUGAAUGUCGGUAGCAUGACAGGUUUAGAGUCAUUGGAUUUGAGUUUCAACAAAUUGUCUAGAAAUAUUCCAUUGUCUCUUACCCUGAUCGACCCUCUCAGCACUCUGGACCUGUCUUACAAUAACUUGAGUGGAAUGAUUCCAAGAGGUUCCCACUUUGAUCUAGUCAGUUUGGAUGGUUCAGCUUAUGUUGGCAACACUUUGUUAUGCGGUCACCCAACCAACAAAAUUUGUGAACAGGUUAAUCCUAGUAUUAGCCUGCCAAAUAGUAAGGGAAAGCAAACGUCAAGCUGGUGUUUUAUGCUGCGUUUGCUGUAGGUAUUGGAACUGGAUUUUGGGGUUUUGUAUUGGUUUUUCUUUUGCUUCUAAGAAAAAAGAGAUGGUGGCUAGGGUAUUGGAGAUUUGUUGAUGCUGUUGCAUUGAGAAUAAUUGGAUAUGUUUUAAAGAACUGAUGAGGGCUAUGACUCAGUUGAGUGUUAAGUUUCUUCGAGUUUGAGUUGUUUGUUUAGGAAUUGCAAAUUAUAGCUAUAAAGAGGGGUGAAACUUUAUGGUUUUCUU